CAAAUAAAUAUGAGGAAAAAUAGAUGGCUUCUACUCAUAAUCUGCAUAACUGUGUACUUAAGUUUCUAUAUGUAUAUUAGAUUCAAAAUAAUCAACAGACUAAAUGGAAAUAACAUAGGGAUAUUAACGAGACGAACAAAAUCCGGUAUAACUCAUGUAGAAGAGAACAUAACAGACUAUCAAUUCCCGCCAUUUUUGCGAAUAAACGGAAAAGUUAAUUGUCGUAAAAUUAUUGAAGGCGAUGAAAAAGAAAUAGCAAAAGCCAAUAAAUAUAUGAAAUUUAAUCAGCCAAAGAGAAUAACAGAAGAGGAAUACAUUGCUAAAACUAAUGACUGUAAUAAUUUCUUUAAUUGUUUUGGAUACGAUGCCUACCCAGUGACGGAAGAAGAAAAAGAGUUUCCGUUAGCUUUUAGUAUUUUGACAUUCAAAGAUGCUGAUCAAACUGAACGUUUGCUUCGUUCAAUCUAUCGUCUCCAAAAUUUCUAUUGUAUCCACAUAGACAAAAGCUCUUCAGAAGUAUUGCAUAAUGCCUUGAGAAAGAUAGCAAAUUGUUUAAACAAUGUUUUCAUUGUUUCAAAAACCGAAGACGUAAUUUACAACCAUGUGUCGAGGCUGAGGGCAGAUAUUAACUGUAUGACUGAUCUCUUGUCAAAAUCAAACAAAUGGAAAUAUUUCAUUAAUCUGCCUCAUCAACAAUUUCCUUUGAAAACAAAUUUAGAAAUUGUAAAAAUACUGAAAAUUUACAACGGUGCUAAUGACAUUGAAGGAAUUACAAACAGGCUAUUAUCUCACCGUUUUAAAUACAGUUAUAGAUAUAUCAAUAAUACUUUGAAGCGUACUGGUCUAAAGAAAGGAAAAUUACCAUACAAUGCAAAUAUUGUAAAAGGCAGUGCAUAUGGUAUAUUUAGUCGUGAAUUUGUCCAAUAUGUGAUAUACGACGAAAAAGCUAAGUCCGUUUUGAAGUAUAUGGAGGACUUUGUAAGUCCAGAUGAAUAUUUCUGGGCAACAUUGAAUCACAACGAAGUUUUAAAAGCUCCUGGGCGCUUCACAGGUGAGAGAAUCAAUAUUGUCGUAGUGUUGCGUUAUGAUUUCCAAUAAGACUACGUAUUGGGUUAAACCGGCGACAUUAACUAUUAGCAAACAGCUCAGGGCCCUUAACUAGGUCCAUAAACACUUAUUGUGCAUUGUGAUAUUUAAUCAUUAACAGUUGACCAAUGCAUUAUUAGAUAUUAGUUUAAAAAUGCGUAAACGAAUCCAUACUGGACUGGCCCGAAUCCGAACAAUAUGAUCAAAGUUCUUAAAA